CUUCUUCAGAGUAGCAGUUAAACCUCUCUGAAUGUCACACAGUGAUCGCGAAACUUCAGCACUACAGAGGCAAAAAUGAUCAACUGGAAGGCUUUGGACAAUGUCCCCAUCCUCUUGUACAUCCUGGCCCUGAAGACGCUGCUGCUGUGUUUAGCGUUCGCCGGGGUGAAGAUCUACCAGAGUAAGAAAGCUGAGGAGGCGUUGAAGAAGCAACAGGCUGAGAGGAGGAGGCUCGCCCAGAAGACCCAGGAGCUCAUAGACAACUUGGACAACAUGGACAACAUGGACAACAUGGACAACACGGACAGCAUAGCGAACAAGAAGGAUGAUUGAGCAGAGGAGAGAAGCAGCUGUACACAGGGAAACAUGUUACAGACCUGAGCAACAAGUCACCCUCUUCACAUAUGAGCCAUAUACGUGACUGUUGGCACCAGGAGGACCUCACCGUGCUUCAGGAAGUAGUUUGUGGUUCAGGUAUAAGUUUUAUAUAUCGUGUAAAUGUUUGACUGAACCAGGAUUUUAUGAAAUGAAAUUACAGCAGAAACUGAUGUAAGACUGAGAUGAGGGACUGUUUUUUUCUUUUAAACUUGGAUAAAAGAACCACAGUAGGCUCAGCAUCAGCUUUGCACUCCUUUCUCCUCAUCCUCUGCCUCGUUUCUGCUCGUAUCUAUCUGUGUCGACGCUUGAGCUUCACUUUGUGCACUGGAGGAGUGUCAGGAUCAAAGCUUGUCAAAUGGGCUAAUUUUCAAGAACACAGCAUGGUAUUUAUUUUGAAAUAUUCCUUGUAAAUUGUGAACCAACUUUGUGCCAAACUUUUGUAAUUUAUAUUAAACAGUUUGUUCUACAUGCUAUGAUGGUGUUCUGCUUUAUUUUCCAGAAUUCCUCAGAAGUAAAACUCCUUUUUAUCUCUCCUUAGUUUAAAAAUUAUCACUCUGGUGAAGUGCUUCUUUAGCUUUUAACCCAUAACAGUUUCACUUUGAGUCUCAUGUUCGAGCAGAGUGAGUACGGUCCAAAUAUUCCUUACCAGGGGUCCCCGGGUCUGUGAAAUCCUUUAAGUUUCAGGGGUAAAAAACAAGGCCUAGUAAGCUGACAUAACUAGACAUUGGUCAUCAAAAGUGCAUAUAUUUGUUUGUUUUCUGCAUGCUUUUCUUUUUUUUUUAAACUUAACAUUAUUUAAUGUCUUCAAGUUUUGAUUAUGAAAAUGAUCUGUGGUGUUAAAGUAGUAACAAUGAUAAGUACCUCAUAUUAUGCCAUGCUGGGUCUUUGAAUCAGAGAGCCUGGAAAGUCCUUGAAUUUGAUCUUUAAGGUGUGUGAAACCUGCUUACUGCUUUCCUUUCUAUUUUAUUUUUCUUUCCUUUUCUUUAAAAUUCAACAGUGUUUUCACCACAUUGGGUGUUUCUGGCAGUUUAUACUCAUGGCAAAACUCUACUGGUCUGUUUCUAUAUAUUUAUUGGUGAUUAAAAGUAAAUGUUCAUACUUUA